AUUGAAACUACCCUUAGUUUACUGAAGAUGGUUUCAUUGAGGAAACUAUAGAGAAUUUCAACAAACUUGUGCCAUAAAGUGAUUUUGUGAUAAGAAUAUUACAGCUUGCCUUACUACAAAAACAGUAGACCAAUCAGCAAAGAUGGAGGCGCUACCUGUAUGUUCAAUAUGCAACAAAUUAAUAACAUCUGAUCUGAGGAUUGUCAAGUCCAAAGCCAUUCUCAGGAUAAUAGAUGCCAGUAAAAGAAGACAAGAUGGAAAAUUUAAAAUUAUUGAAAAGUGUUCGGAGGUCAGGAUUCGUAUCAACUGCCACGGCAAUUACAUCAGAGACAGGUGUAUCCAGGCGACAGAACGGUCAGUGAAGAAGACAAGCAAUUCAAAACGCGGGGCUCCUACGUUUGACUUUAAACAAGGGCAUUUCUUUUGCGAGACGGAUGCCUCUAAUGCUUACAUUGACAAAACCAAAAAGAUAUCCAGAUCGCUAUCUGACUGUACAUUCUGUGAGGGACGGCCAAGUAAAAAUUAAUUUUUUAAACAAAAUUUCAACUCAAUUAGCUGG